UGAGGACCAAAUCUCAUUACUUGAAUUCACAAAGAAAAUCCUCUUACACCGAAAGAGAAAGAAAAGGAGAAAGAGAAAAGAGUUUGAAAUGUCAACGAAUUGAAUUGCCAUUCAAUUCAUCCAACAAAAAGAGAAGGAAAUUGAAAUGUCAACGAACUGAAUUGCUAUUCAUCCAACAAUUUCCCCUAAUCGUCGUCGGAGCAUCUUUCCGAUCGUCGUCUCUUCCCGGCGUAUCAGCAACCUUAGAUUUCACUCUCUUCUGUAGGUGAGAAUAGGGGAUGGAGAUGGAGCAGAAAUUAGAGUGGGCUGAGGCACAGAAGAUUGUAACAAGCGUAGACCUUGUUGCUGCAGCCAAACAGCAGCUGAAAUUUCUUGCAGCUGUUGAUCGGAACCGUUGGCUUUAUGAAGGCCCUUAUUUGGAAAGAGCCAUCUAUAGGUACAAUGCUUGUUGGCUUCCUUUGCUUGUCAAAUAUUCUGAGGCCCAAAUGACAGAAGGACCUUUGGUUGUUCCUCUUGAUUGUGAAUGGGUUUGGCACUGCCACAGGCUAAAUCCAGUUAGGUACAAAUCUGACUGUGAGGUAUUUUAUGGAAGGAUUCUUGACAACCAUAAUGUUGUUUCUUCUAUUCAAGGGACUUCAAAAAGGGAAACUGAACAGAUUUGGAACAAACUAUACCCGAGUGUGCCCUAUGAUUUUGGCUCGACUAGUGUUUCCUUUGAGAAGGUUUCUGGAGCUGGAAAGUACUCCCAAUACGAUCUGCUUUUAGCUGUCAAAAGGCAGGUGCCAUUCUUUUAUCAGGUUUCUAGACCCCAUAUGGACAAUGAUCUCUUUCUUGAAGCAGCUGUGGCUAGAUACAAAGGAUUUCUGCAUCUAAUCAAGAGAAACAGGGAGAGAUCCUUAAAACGCUUCUGUGUUCCAACUUAUGAUGUUGACCUUAUCUGGCACUCACAUCAGUUGCAACCUGCUUCUUACUGCAAAGACCUGGUGAAAAUACUUGGCAAGGUUUUAGAGCAUGAUGACACAGAUUCAGACAGAUCAAAAGGAAAGAAGCUGGAUUCUGGAUUUUCUGAAACUACCAAGCAGUGGGAGGACACAUUUGGUUCGAGAUAUUGGAGGGCAGGGGCAAUGUACAGAGGUGCCGCUCCAUCUCCUAUCAUGGCCACUCCCUGUGCCUCUAAAAUUGUGACCAAGCAGGUAAUCGCAUCCAAUGAGCAUCAGAAAACUGUACAUCUUCCUGAGGUGAAAGUUAUAGAGGUCAUGUUGGAAUUUGUUGGUGUCAGAAACUUACCAAAGGGACACAAGGGAAGCGUCUCUGUCGUAUUUAGUAAGACACAGCCUGAUACAAUCUUCAGUGCCAAUAGGAGACUCACUAUUUUGUCCGAGUCUGGGGAGAAGCAGGUCGCUUCUUUCCAUUGUCAGCCUACUGGAAAUCUGCGAUUUGAACUUGUCUCCCACUCACCUUCCAACUUAAAAAUUUCAAGGCCAGCCAAAACUUUGGGUUCCUCUUCCAUCUCUCUGGAGGAUUUCCUGACCCCCGUUUCCAAUCUCUCUGUGGAGAAGUGGUUGGAGUUGGUGUCCAGUUCUGGAACAGUGAGCUCAAAGCCAAUUGGUUUACGGGUUGGCCUCUCAUUUACCAUUCCAACUGCAGCGCCACAUGUGCUUCACAUGGUUCGCUCUCGGCCAUUCUCAAAGAGUUCUUGUUUUUUCCCACUUCCCGGAAGGGUUCAAUUUACUAAGAGUUGGACACAUGUUAUCGAUGAAACUGGCAAUGAGGUCAUCAGCCUCCAGAUGAGAGAUUUUAGUAAGGAAAAGGGGAGAAACGACUCUAUUUUGAGGAAAGAGGUUAUUGGAAUUACAGAAUCUGGUGAAGCACAUACUCUUGCCAAAUUUGAAGGGACAGAGUGGUCUUUGAUAGAUUCGCAAUGGUCCCUUCAGCUUCAGAAAAUAUCCAAUAAAGACGGCCACCUUUUUGAGCUCACUGGCCAUCGGAUGGUAAAACUAUUCCCAGGUAGGAAGCUGGAAUACGAACAGCACUGUGAGGAGCAUAGAAGUGAACAUGACUUUGUGACAUUAGUUGAAUUCUCUGAAUGUGGAUUGAAUUCCUGAGCGGUUGCAUUGCUCAACUUGAAAUCUGGAUUUUUCAAGGUGAAAGAAGAAUGGCUGGUGUUGCUCGGGAUCACAUUGACUUUUAUCCUUUCUGAUAUUUUGAGAAAGGAGGGAUAUGACAGCCUAACUGACGGUGGAGAAAAUUUAACGGAGACGGAUCAUAAAGAAGUCGAUGUGUGCCACGAGGAAGACAAAGGGGCUAACUUGACCACUGAGAUGGAAAUGGCAUUGAACGUAGAAACCAUUAACAGUAAUGUGGUGACACCAGAAAAUGGCAUGGCUUAUAGUGGGAUUGGAAAUACAGUAAAGAGUGGCGGUUGCGGUGGUGGUUGUGGAAGUGGAUGUGGAAGUAUGGUGAAGAGUGGUGGCUGCGGUGGGUGUGGUAGUGGUUGUGGUGGUAUGGUGAAGAGUGGUGGCGGCGGUGGUUGUGGUAGUGGUUGUGGAGGUAUGGUGAAGAGUGGUGGUUGUGGUGGUGGGUGUGGUGGUGGUUGCGGAGGUGGAUGUGGAAAUAUGGUGAAGAGUGGAGGCUGCGGUGGUUGUGGUGGUGGUUGUGGAGGUGGAGGUGGAGGUGGAUGUGGUGGUGGUGGUGGUUGUGGAGGUGGAUGUGGAGGUACGGCGAAGAGUAAAGCAUAGGGAAACAGCACUGCCAAUCCCUCUGUUGUUGAACAACCAAAGUAAGCAACAAUCCAAGCAAAUGAAAACAAUGGUAUAGUAUAUUGUGUUUGCAUGAUGGUUUCAGCUCCCAAUAAAUAAGUUUCAGCCUGUCUUGACAAAUAUUUUGAGUUUAUGAGAACUUUUGUGUGUGGAUUUCAAGUGUCUAAUUAUAAUACCCACCUUGCAUGGAGUUUGUGUUUUUCUUUAAUAUGGCCAUUUUCAUGUCCAUUUCUCAAGUUGUCUGGUUUCUGUUCAUGGUACUGUGUAAUAGAGUUUGUUAAUAUCAAUGUUACUGGAGAAUAUCUAUAUUGGAUGGUGA